CGGGGGAGGAGCCGAUUUCUUCCUGCUUCCCGCUUCCCGCUGGGAUGAUAACAAUGAAAGUGAAAGAGGUGGGGCAGGGGCCAGGCCUGGUUUCUUGGGCCCGGUGGCCCCGUGGCUGGGCAAGCCCCCUCCCCCCUGGCCUCCACCGCUCUGGCUCCUACGGGGACCUGAAGAGGCGAUGCCCGAGGUCCCAGCUCACAAGGGGAUGCAGCGCCGAAGCUUCCUCCUCCUCGCCCUCCUCGCCCUCCUGGCGCUCACCUCCGCGGUGGCCAAAAAGAAAGACAAAGUGAAGAAGGGAGGCCCGGGGAGCGAGUGCGCCGAGUGGACCUGGGGGCCCUGCACCCCCAGCAGCAAGGACUGCGGCGUGGGAUUCCGCGAGGGCACCUGCGGGGCCCAGACGCAGCGCAUCCGGUGCCGGGUGCCCUGUAACUGGAAAAAGGAAUUUGGAGCCGACUGCAAGUACAAGUUUGAGACCUGGGGGGCGUGUGAUGGCACAGGCACCAAAGCCCGCCAGGGGACCCUGAAGAAAGCGCGGUACAAUGCCCAGUGCCAGGAGACCAUCCGGGUGACCAAGCCCUGCAGCCCCAAGACCAAAGCCAAGGCCAAAGCCUCCUUCCCGAGUCCCAGCAGCCCUGGAGGCCAACCAGGCAGAGGGGCAUAUGCCCACUUCUCAGCCAAGAAAGGGAAAGAAAAGGACUAGCGGCCAGGCCCCGAUGCCAAGGAGCCCCGGCUUCACCCGGAGGCCUGGCCCACGCCCUUCCUCCACAGGCUCAAGAUGUUACCCACCAGUGCCUUCUGCCUCCUCGUUAGCUUUAUCAAUCAUGCCCUACUUCUUCCCUUUCACUUGCCCACAUCACCCCAAGUGCCCGAAGUGGGGAGGGACAAGGGAUUCUGGGCAGCUUGAGUCCCCCCCACAAAGGGAUUUGAUUCCCCUGUACCCACUUUUCUUUUUCCCCCAACUGGAUGCCAUUACUAAGAAAUAAAUAAAAUAAAUAUCAUUUUGUUCCCAAUAAAAGCUUUUCUUUUAAUAUAUAAAA